GGCUACACAUAUAAAGAAAUUUUUACAAACUUAAUAGUUAUGAAAGAUAGUCGACAAACUUUUAACACGAAACAGACAAAAGGAAAGAUAUGAUUUUAAUCUAUUAGUAAGUAAAAAUUGAAAAUAUUAUAAUUAGAGAGUAAAUUCAAAUAGAAGAAUUAAAAGUAAUCGAAGAAUUCUGCGUGCCUGAGUGACGACGUAAAAAUUUUCACUUGGAGAUACGUGCAAGCUUUCCGGGCAGUAAGACAGGCUAAUGGACGGUGGUCAGUGACCUACAGGGCCUAUAGUGUGGGUCAGAGAUAUUUAUUAUACGUUCUAGACAUUGACUAGACAACCAUCGUAAGCACUAGUAUCUCAUUUAUCUGGUCUAGGAGGGAACUGUUAAUGUAUUCGUCUUGCGUUUCAAAUUUUGAUUUCCACUAUUAAGAUAAACAUUGUUUUAUUUUUCGAUACUUCAUAAAAAAAAGUUUAAUCAGCACAAGUUAAAUAAAUUAUAUUAAUCAUAGAUCCUGAAUAAGCUAAGCAAGUUAAUCUAGAUUUUAUACCAGAAGAGACUUUUAAAUAUGCAUAUGUAAAACUCGCGCCAAUGAUCAGGUGAGAUUACGGGAUUGCAUAACGAAGACUAAGUCGUUAACCAGGCAGGAAAAAAAGGAGGAGCGUCUUUUCUCUGCGUCACUGGCAAGGAUUGGACGCCCACUUGGACCUUUGAGCGCAGCCAAUCGGGCGUCAACGACCUCGUUGUUGCUCGACAAAUAAUCAGAAAUGGUUUUCCUAAACAAUCAGUUGGUCGGGAACAGAACGCAUAGUUGAAUGCUCGAGGAGAAUCGUAAAAAAAAUUUUUUUUUUGUUAAUCUUCAUCUAAUUUGUCCCAUUCUUUUUGCAUCCAGGAAUCCCUUUGGAGAAGCGGAAGAGAUAUACGGAGGAGAGCACUCGGACGAAAUCUCGCCACGAAAUCUUGUAUUCGAUUCUAGACAUGCUCCUUAAUCUAGCCACGUCCAAGUCACGCAUUCUACAGCGUCUCGUUGCGUACGUGUCACGUCUGUCUGCCGUCUGGGAAAGGGAAGGACUCGGGUGUCUGGAGGCCGUUGCAUCAUGAGAAUGAAUCCAGUGAUCCUUCCCGAGUACCGUAUUAAGAAAAUUGGCCGGUUUUGUAACAGCCUUCGGACUAACAUGAAGUAACAGUAUCAAUAGAUAAGAUUUCUUUGAUUUUUUAAAAAAUCUUUUAUCCUUCUUUCCCGUGAAGAAUAAAUUUUUUGCUUAAAAAAGAAAAGAUUUUUAGAAAAAAUUUUUAAUAUUAUAACAAUUUCAGUAGAGUAAAGAAUUAUCGGAGAGAAAACUUGAGAAGCUGUUAAGGAUUAAAAAUCGAUUAGAGAAGAAUCGUUGGUGGUGGGUGUCAAAAGACAAGGGAGAACGUUUUGUAUACCGCAAAACGGUGAACGACGACCUGAUUGGCGACUGUCAAAAAAUGCACGUUGCAUCGUCUGGCGGUGAAGUGGGGAGCCACUGACGAAAACUUCCUCCUCGCUCUUCGUUGCGCGUCUCGCAUCAUCUUUGUCGGCAUAGGAAGAGAGACGCAUAGACAAGAUCACCCUGUAGAGACUUGAGGAAGAAGCGGAACGACCGGCACACCGGAGUCCUCACUCUCAGCAGGCUACGCCAGUGCCGACACGAAUGCAUUUACGCGUCUAGACUUAAUAAAAUAAAAGAAACGCCUUCGCACCAGAGGCCAAGGUGGUGGUGGAGAAGGAGGGUGAUUUAAAAACAUAGUUAGGGACCACAACGGAAUUUCCAUUGUAUAUUUUCGCUCUAGUCUCUAUCCCGAAAAAGAAACGGCAGAGGAAAAGUAAGGAGAAAUAGCUGAAGAAGCGGGCGCUGAUCAACCCGAGGCGAGAAAUUCAGUGGCGCUCCGUGAUUCUUCGUUUCGUCAUGUAUACGUUGGUGACAUAACGAGACAUGUCUGCAAAUCCAGCAUUUGAGAACACCGAGUUAAACGUGUUAGAGACUGGUCAUCUGACAGACGAAUCGAUAACGGAAAACAAGGGGACAAGAGAAAAAUCAAGUGAUUGUAUACAAUCGAUAUACGAUGCAUUGGACGAUUUCCUUUCGAAGCAUCAUCGAGUGGUUCAUUUUUUCUUGAUGACUCUAGGCAAUUUAAUUGUAUUAAUUUAUUUUAUUUUUGCCACAAUAUAUUGGAAAAAUAAUUACAACUACUUCGAUUGGUGCCAUGGUUAUGGUUUGCUACUCCUUAUAUUAGCGAUCGUUUAUGGCUCACUUUUUUAUCAUUAUGCCCUGAAACCUUUCUUUGGAAAAAUAUUCGUUUAUUGUCAUCGGCCAUACAUCAGCAAUAUCACCAACAAUUUCCGAAAGAUAAAAUAUGGCAACAUUAUCGGUCAAACAAUAAUUUAUACAUGUAUCUUUACUGCUAUCAUUGUAUUCCUUAUUAUCGACACUGUAAACUCGAGAGAAAGAUUAAUGAGUGGAAUCGGAAUCAUCGUAUUGAUAAGUUUAGGAUGGAUAUUCUCAAAGCAUCCUAGUCACAUAAAAUGGAAACUCGUAUUGAACGCAUUGAUCGUGCAAAUUAUCUUUGGACUUUUUACGAUUCGAUGGUCUGUUGGUCGAUCUAUUUUCCAAUGUAUUGCUGACAAAGUAGAAUCAUUUCUCAACUUUGCAAAGAUUGGUGCAAGCUUCAUAUUCUCCGAUAAACUCAUCGCAGAUGGCAUUUUUGCUUUCACCGUCCUCCCUGUGCUCUUUUAUUUUAAUUUUAUCAUUCAAAUGUUGUACUAUUUAGGUAUUAUGCAAUGGAUUAUCUUCAAUCUGGGUAAAUUUCUGCAAAAACUCAUGGGAACUUCGAUUUGUGAAUCAGUAGUUUGUGCUGGAAAUAUUUUUAUUGGAAUGACAGAAACACCGUUAAUGAUCAAACCUUAUUUGAACAAAUUAACUACUUCGGAAUUGCACACUCUCAUGAGUUCGGGUUUUGGUACCGUUUCAGGAACUGUUUUUGCCGCAUACAUCAAUUUUGGUGCAAAUCCUGCUCAUCUGAUAACCGCUACUUUGAUGGCAGCACCAGCAACUCUCUGUUAUGCUAAAUUAUUUUAUCCAGAAACUGAAAAGAUUAUAAUUACAUCCGAUAAUGUAAAAUUAGAAAAAUCAAAAGACACUGGUUUAAUAGACGCAGCGAGUAAAGGUGCUACGGCAGCAAUUCCUUUGGUAUUGAAUAUAAUUGCUAAUAUUGUUGGGUUUGUAUCCUUUAUCGCAUUAGUAAAUUCUUUAUUAUCCUGGAUAGGAUCACUAAUUGGUUAUGAAAAAUUAAGUUUCGAACUUAUAUUAUCGAAAGUAUUUAUACCUAUAAGUUGGGUCAUGGGAGUACCUUGGGAUCAUUGUGAGGAUGUAGCAACUUUAAUAGGUUUGAAGACUACGGUAAAUGAAUUUGUCGCUUAUAAAGAAUUGGGAAAAUAUAAGAAAGAAGGUCGAAUUUUUGGUAGAAUCGAGGCUAUAGCUACUUUUGCGAUUUGUGGUUUCGCGAAUCCUGGUUCUGUUGGAAUCACUAUAAGCAUAUUGACUUCUUUGGCUCCUGAUAAAAAAGAAAUUAUAAGCAAUAUUGUCAUGAGAGCCUUCAUUUCUGGAUGUGUUAUCACUUUUCUUACAGCCAGUGUCGCUGGAAUGCUGGUACCUGAUGAUUACGAACAUAUAAGUGCGUUCGUAUCAAAUAGGACACUUAGUUAAUAUUUCUAGGUUGUUAUGUUUGCCGUUUAAAAUAUUUAAAUAUAAAAUAAAUAUAAAAUAUUUGUAAAAUAUAUGUAAAUAGGUAGGAUAAAUAAGGAAAUCUACAUUGUUUCAACUUAAUUGAUAUUAUAUCCUAUGUGUUAUAAUAUUAAAAUUUCAUAGCUAAUAUCCCAUA